AUGGGCACUUUAAUGGAACUGUGGUGGCGGUGUGGGGGGACUCGAAAAGCCGUCAGAGGCGUGACUAAAUGCAUCCUGUCUAUCGAAGUGCUCGGUGAAACGAUCGAGCCAAAACCGCGUGUGCGCUCAACACCCCUCCCUUUCUCCCGCGGGGCAAAGUACCUUUUGGGUUGUUGUGCCGUCUCCAUGCGGGAAAGAUGUUGUCUGUCGCUCCAUCGUCCACCACCACCACCAUGUCCCUUGUCUCUGUUUCUAACACGAGUGCCGCGUUCUGCUUCUGUACUCUCAACCUCUGUUGAGUUGUGGCACGGUGAAGAAGUGUGCACACGUACGCACACCAUUGUACGCCUCCAUCACAUUCUCUUCUCACCUUUUGCUUCUCACUUGCAUUUCCCGGCUUCGCCAUCGUCGCCGCUGCGAGCGACCGUGUGUGUGUGUGUCUGUGAAUCCAGAGUGGCUGCCGCCGCCGUUGCAGUUGGCCUCUGCUCUUUGCCUCCUCCCUUUUCCAUCGUGUUCACCGUCUCACAAACUUGCCAGUCCGCAGCCGGUGUCAGGGGAAGGAACCUCGCAACAGCGCGAGGGAGGAAAGCGAAGCGAAAGAAGAGGACGCAGAGAUCUCGCCGAACAACAAAAAAUAAGAACGUAGAAGCUGCUUUGUGA